AUGGGAAAGAGAGGCGCAGAGGAGUUGAAUAAUGAAGUUCUGCAGGCGAUGGAAAUCAAAGAAGAAGAUCAAAACCAAAACCAAAACCAAAAUCAAAAUCAAAAUCAAAAUCAGAAUCUAAAAGAAAAAACAGAGUUGGAGUCUGAAGAUCAUCAUCCUUAUGCAUUCCAUGUGUCUGGACCUCGAAAUGUUUCUUCUCCUAAUUGGAAAGACCUCAUCAACUCCAGUUGGAAGGACGGUAAUUAUAAAAGGACAGUAAUUGCAUGUUUUAUACAAGCAGUUUACUUGCUCGAACUUGACAGACAAGAAAACAGAAGAGGAGAUGAAAAUACACUUGCUCCUAAAUGGUGGAUACCCUUUAAGUACAAACUCUCUGAAACCCUUAUUGAUGAAAGAGAUGGAUCAAUAUUCGGGGCUAUACUCGAAUGGGAUCGGGUUGCAGCUUUGGCUGACUUUGUACUGCUUCGACCUAAUGGCGCCCCAAAGGCUGUUUUAGCACUUCGAGGGACACUUCUUAAAGGCCCCACAAUUAGACGUGAUAUUGAAGAUGAUCUCCGUUUCCUAACUUGGGAAAGUUUGAAGGGAUCAGUCAGAUUUAGUAGCGCUUUCAAGGCAUUGAAAUUGAUUGCUGACAAGUACGGAAGCAGCAAUGUAUGUAUUGCAGGACAUUCUUUAGGGGCUGGUUUUGCUCUCCAAGUUGGAAAAGCAUUAGCCCAACAAGGAAUAUAUGUGGAGGCACAUUUGUUCAAUCCACCCUCGGUUUCAUUAGCUAUGAGUUUAAGAAACAUAGGGGAAAAAGCUGAGGUCGUUUGGAAGAGGUUAAAGUCAAUGCUUCCUUCGACAAUUGAAACUCAGCCGACCAGUGACAAGGGGACGAUGAAAUCUAUCACACUGGGAUCAAAGCAAUGGAUACCUCAUUUGUACGUAAAUAAUAGUGACUACAUUUGUUGUGACUAUACUAACUCGGAAGAAUCACAAGGCAGCAGUGCUGUUGACAAGGAAAAUGUAAAACCGACAAAUAUACAGUUUGGUGCAAAGCUUUUCGUGUCAUCAAAAGAAAAACAGAAGUUUGUCGAGGCACAUGGUUUGGAGCAAUGGUGGUCGGACGAUUUGGAGUUGCGAAUGGCUCUCAGUAAUAGCAAGUUGAUCAGUAGGCAACUUAAGUCCUUGUAUAAUCUACCAACUCAACGAGGAACAGAAAAUAAGGGUCAAUAG